AUGCCUGGGGAGGUAGCUAUGGAAACGGCCAGCUCUCGUUUGUAUGGCGCGGCGACAGAGGGAGCCAAUGAGGACGAGCAUCCCGGCGCGUCUUUGCUCCCCUGGAGGAUGGUCAAGGAUGGGUUGCUGACGGGCGGGCGAUGGACCUCAGAGUCAAAGGAUGCGAAAUCACCGGAACUGACAAAGGUCCGGAGGGAACUUGACAGGCCGCCUCCGCCUCCGCCUCCGCCUCCGCCUCCGCCUCCGCCUCCGCCUCCGCCUCCGCCUCCGCCUCCGCCUCCGCCUUCUCCGCCUCCGCCUCCGCCUCCGCCUCCUCCGCCUCCGCCUUCUCCGCCUCCGCCUUCUCCGCCUCCGCCUCCGCCUUCUCCGCCUCCGCCUUCUCCGCCUCCGCCUCCGCCUUCUCCGCCUCCGCCUCCGCCUUCUCCGCCUCCGCCUCCGCCUCCUCCGCCUCCGCCUCCUCCGCCUUCUCCGCCUCCGCCUCCGCCUUCUCCGCCUCCGCCUCCUCCGCCUUCUCCGCCUCCGCCUCCGCCUUCUCCGCCUCCGCCUCCUCCGCCUUCUCCGCCUCCGCCUCCGCCUUCUCCGCCUCCGCCUCCUCCGCCUUCUCCGCCUCCGCCUCCGCCUUCUCCGCCUCCGCCUCCUCCGCCUUCUCCGCCUCCGCCUCCGCCUUCUCCGCCUCCGCCUUCUCCGCCUCCGCCUCCGCCUUCUCCGCCUCCGCCUCCUCCGCCUGCUCCGCCUCCGCCUCCGCCUUCUCCGCCUCCGCCUCCUCCGCCUUCUCCGCCUCCGCCUCCGCCUUCUCCGCCUUCUCCGCCUCCGCCUCCUCCGCCUUCUCCGCCUCCGCCUCCGCCUUCUCCGCCUCCGCCUCCUCCGCCUCCUCCGCCUUCUCCGCCUCCGCCUCCGCCUUCUCCGCCUCCGCCUCCUCCGCCUUCUCCGCCUCCGCCUCCGCCUUCUCCGCCUCCGCCUCCUCCGCCUUCUCCGCCUCCGCCUCCGCCUUCUCCGCCUCCGCCUCCGCCUUUUCCUCCUCCGCCUCCGCCUUCUCCUCCUCCUCCUUCUCCUCCUCCUCCUCCUUCUCCUCCUCCUCCUCCUUCUCCUCCUCCUCCUCCUCCUCCCCCUCCUCCUCCUCCUCCCCCUCCUCCUCCCCCUCCC